GCCCGCCUUCAGUCCACCGAGGGGGACUGCAUUUCCUAUGAUCCCCUGCGACUCCACGGACGCGGAGCCUUUUGGGAAGUGAAGUCUUUUUUUUCAAAGAGCUUGCCGCCGGCCGGAUCGAGACCCUUGCACUAGUCAUAGUGGAGGCAUUUAAGGGAAAGAUGUGGAACCCGAAUUUGAGGGUGUGACUCAUUUGAUGCGGAGUGGGCUUCUGAGGAACUCUGAGUGCAAAGUGUACCUCAGUCUCUCGCAAUCAUCACGCGCUUUGUCGGCGGCGACAGCCCAUCUGGGUGGGCCUUGAUUUGUCCCCGACCCUAGCGGACCAACCCGGGACGCGGCGGAGCCGGGGUGCAGAGUGACCCGGCGGCCAGGCUGCCAGACCCUGGGCGAACUGAACCGAACGUAGAGGAAAGUGUCGAGGGUUCAAAGGUCAAUGUCGCGAGUUGUAGAGGGUCGAAAGUCGGAGGGAUACUAAGGAGAGGCUCAGGUAGGGACUGAAUACUCUGAGUACAGAUUUGUGGGAAAGGGGUUUGGAGGGCGGAUAAGCGAGGGUGGAGGGCGUUGCGUAGGGCGACUUGUGAGAGAAGACAGAAAAGGAAAGGAAUCUCCUGGUCGUCUGUUCCCAGCCCCCGGCCUGUCACUAUCGGUUACUUAGUCGGGCGUCCCGCAGUUGCAAUCCUAGCUGCCGGCAGGGUGAGGAGAUGGCUUCUCCCUCUAGACAGGACCCCCUCGGGGGGUCAGGGCUGCUUAAAGGGAGCCGGGCUCGUUCUUAUGGAAGCCUGGUGCAGUCUACCUGCUCCCCGGUGAGGGAAAGACGCCUGGAGCAUCAGUUGGCGCCCGGAGACACCCUGGCUGGACUAGCACUCAAAUACGGGGUGACGAUGGAACAGAUUAAACGUGCAAACCGCCUUUAUACUAAUGACUCCAUCUUCCUGAAGAAAACCCUCUACAUCCCCAUCCUGACAGAGCCCAGAGACCUGUUCAAUGGUUUGGAUUCUGAGGAAGAGAAAGAUGGAGAGGAAGAGAUACCGCCAAGUAAGGAUGAAGUUUGGUCACACUCAGCCGAGAGGAAUAAACAAGAGACAGGUUCUGGAUGUGCCCAUGGUGAAUUCCUCCCUACACCUGGCCAGGAACCCCCCACUCCCAUCCAUGACCUUUCUGCCUCUGAUUUCCUUAAGAAGCUUGAUUCACAGAUCAGCCUGUCAAAGAAGGCUGCAGCACAGAAGCUGAAAAAAGGAGAAAGUGGGGUACCUGGGGAGGAUUCAGGUCUUCACCGGAGCUCCCCGCGGUUGCAGCAACGGGCAGUCCUAGGUCCUGUGCCACUGACCCGGACCUCUCGAACCCAGACACUUCGGGAGCAGGAGGAUGAAAUCUUCAAACUCUGAUGUCUCCAGAACUGAUUGAGAGAAGCAAGAUGGUGAAGGAGCAACUUGAGGGGGAGAGGAGCCUGAGGUGAGGCUCAAGAACACGGCUUCCCAACCCGCCUUCCUCACUCCUGCCCAGCCUCAUUGUCCCAUCAAGAGUUCCUCCGCCAGAGGCAGUUUUUUUGGCAAGAGUAGGGGGUGGGGAAUUAGACCCCUUCUCAGUUUUUGGGCUGAAUCUAAAGUUGUACUUUAGAUUCCAAAGGUUCUUUUUACAUCCCUACUGCCUUUCCCAUCCCUUUCACCAUUCCUUGGCCUUAGAGCAAGGAGGCAGGGACUGUCCCCAGCCCCCAAACUUCUUCCUCAUCUCCAACUAUGUGACCUAAUUUAUUUGGUGCUAUAUUGAAGUAAUAUUUAUUUGCUGUAUUUUAUUCUUUCCCACUCUUGUCUGAAAAAUGGGGUUUUUAUAGCCAUGGUGUGAGGGAAACCCAGGAACAGUGAGCCAGUGACUGCUGGCUGCCCACCUUCCCCACCUUCUUAGCCAAGCGUGUUACUGAGAAUGGGCAGUGAUCUAACCCACUGCAGAAAUGGUAGAUUGUGCCAGGUCUUUUCCUCAACCUCUAAGUAAAGAAUUUGGGC